CCAUUAUUCACAAAACAUGAACAUUCCUCUUUUGUCAACCAUUUCAUACUACAUAUCACAAUUUAACAAAUAAAUUUCCCUUCAAAAUAAUAAUAAGACAUUAAAAAAAUAAAAAAUUUCAGGUGUUAGGAGAGAGAAAGAGAGAAGGGUGUGGGUGUAGGUGUAGAUGGAGACUGAGUUCGUCAACCGAUCUCCGAUUUUCCUCACAACUCUCCUCUCAAUUUUCGCCCUCUCUUCUCAGGUGGAGAGGAGGUGAGAGUGUAAAUUAGGUAAUGUCUGUUGAUUUUGACAAGCAAUGGGGUUGUGGAAAGCCAGGUUCAAAUCUUCAGAGAAUGGGUUCUAUGGUUUGCGACAUCGGGGACCCGUGUCUUCAUCAAUCGCCUAUCAAGGUUGUGGUAGCUGUAAACAAAAUGCUUAAGCCAGAAAAGUGGCAGGGAGUAUUUGAUAGUGAUGGGAAGGUUUUAGGCUUUCAGAAAGCGCUGAAGUCGAUGAUCUUAGGGGGUGUGGAUCCAUCUAUAAGGCCAGAAGUAUGGGAAUUUCUUCUUGGUUGUUAUGCAUUGAGUAGUACCAGUGACUACCGUAAACUGGUGAGAGCAGCCAGAAGGGAGAGAUAUGAGGAACUCGUGAGACAAUGUCAAAAGAUGCAUUCAAGCAUAGGAACAGGCUCACUUGCUUAUGUUGUGGGUUCAAAAAUUAUGGAUGUGAGGGCAUAUUCUAAAGAUGAUGUGAGAAGAGAAGCGAAAUCUGAAGGGAGACAAGCUUCCGGAGAUGAUACUAACAAACUUAACGAUUACUGUGAUAGGAAUAAUAACUGUACAGAUACAACAUAUACAUGCCAAAGGGAAAGCUCUAGUGAUUCUUCUGACAUUGUCAGUGUGAGAGAAAGCAUUGAUAGCGCCGCUUACGACUCAUCUUGUCUUAUGCCUAGUCCUGUGAAAUUCAACUGCAGUUCCUUGGGACCUAGGAAGCAAGCACAUGAAACUCAAUAUCCAGUUGACGAUUAUUAUGAUUUUCCUGCCUUGCCUGUUACGGAUUUAUUUGAGAAGAGUAAUGAAAGUGAAUCACAUGUUGAUGGGAAUUCUGAUCAAUGCAAACUCAGAGUUGGCAAAGAGAGCAUGCACAGUUUUCAGAUUGAUAAUAAUGAUGAAUUAGUUAAUGAAUCAAAUGGUUCACAAUCUGAUAGUGUUCGACAUUCUAUCAGUUCCGAAAUUGAGAUGGCUGAUGGCCACUGUGAUAGACCUCAUGGACAAGUGUUGCGACAUGAUAUACAAAAGUACAAAAAUAAAGUACUGAGCAAAUUGAGAAUAUCUGAUGUGCCAGAAACUGCAGAAUUGUAUUCAAGCCAUUUCCAAGGAGGUGAACCUAGUGAAGAUAAGGUAUCUGAAUGGCUCUGGACUCUGCAUCGGAUAGUGGUUGAUGUGGUUAGAACUGACAGUCAUCUCGAGUUCUAUGAGGAUCCAAAAAAUUUGGCCAGGAUGUCAGAUAUUCUUGCUGUUUAUGCAUGGGUUGAUCCUGAGACAGGAUAUUGCCAAGGAAUGAGUGACUUACUGUCUCCAUUUGUGGUUCUUUUCGAGAAUGAUGCGGAUGCAUUUUGGUGUUUCGAGAUGCUUCUCCGAAGAACGAGAGAAAAUUUUCGAAUGGAAGGACAAACUGGAGUAAUGAAGCAGCUGCAAACUCUCUGGCAUAUCUUAAAAUUGACUGACAGAGAAAUGUUUUCACACUUGUCUCAGAUAGGUGCUGAAAGCCUUCACUUUGCCUUUCGGAUGCUUCUCGUACUUUUUCGGAGAGAAUUAUCAUUUAGUGAAGCCCUUUGUAUGUGGGAGAUGAUGUGGGCUGCUGACUUUGAUGAAUCCCUUGCUUGGAAUACGGGACAAAAUUGUCUUGAACCAUUGGUGUUACAACUCCCAAAUGAUGUGGGCACUGAAACUGGAGAGGAAAGGAAGGGGACAGACGAGAGCAGUUCAAAGGGUGGCUCACAAACAAAAAAUUCAAAUAUUGAACAUGCCAACUCUGAUGAGGCUGUGAUGAAGUCAUUAACGGCUAAUCAUUCAUUUUGUGGCUUAACUAAGACCUUAUGGUCUAAGAAUGAUCGCACAAAUGUACGCACAGCGUUCUCAGCAACAAGAAACAGGGAAGAUGACCUACCUGUGUUUUGUGUGGCAGCAAUUUUGAUCUUGAACCGGCACAAGAUCAUCAAAGUAACCCAUUCAAUUGAUGAUUUGAUCAAGAUAUUUAAUGAUAAUGUGCUGAAGAUAAGAGUCAAAAGAUGCAUACGGACAGCGAUCAAGCUCCGGAAAAAAUAUUUCUACAAGAUGAUAAAAUACAACGAUCCGUCACCUCAGAAAGACUAAUUAACUUGAUGAUGAGCAAUCACCUAGGAAGGCUGAGCCAUCACAUUUGAAUCCUUGCUGCUUGUAGAUCUUUUUGUGAUUCUUUUCUUCUAUAAUUUGAGGUCUUUGUAUCAUCUAAUGGCUCAUCCUGUGGUGUUUAGUGCAACAAAUGCCUUCUCUCUGAUGAGUUGAUGAUUUGAAGACAUUCGAGGUGUACACAGAUGGAUCACAGAUGACGUGGCUCUAAGAGUUUCAUCUACAAGUCAGUUUAUCAGGACGGCAAAUAAUUUGAUAGCACAGUUUUGUUUUCAUCAAUUUGUAGUUUGUACUCCUAUUCUUUUAAUACAAUUAUAUAAAAAAAAAAUUCAAUUAA